AUGGCUUCUUGGGUUUCAAGCAUUCAUGUUGCAUGGGUUGGUGCUAUCAUGCUGUUGCUAUUGAUGUCAGCCAUGCAAACACAUGCACAGCUGACACCUACCUUCUAUGAGAAGUCCUGCCCAGCAGCACUCAAGACGAUUAGGAAGGCUGUUAGAACAGCCAUUGCCAAGGAACGUCGCAUGGCAGCCUCACUCAUUCGCCUCCAUUUCCAUGAUUGUUUUGUUCAGGGAUGUGAUGCAUCAGUUCUAUUGGAUGAUGCUCCUUCAAUCAAUAGUGAGAAAAACGCAUUCCAGAACUUCCGUUCUUUGAGAGGCUUUGAAGUGGUUGAUAGCAUAAAAGCAGCAGUUGAGAAGGUUUGCUCUGGUGUUGUUUCCUGUGCUGACAUUCUUGCCGUUGCUUCACGAGAUGCCUCUGAAUAUGUGAAUGGUCCGACGUGGACAGUGAAGCUUGGAAGAAGGGACUCCACAACAGCAAGCAAAGACUUAGCUGAGGCAGACCUGCCAAUAGCUUUCAAUGAUCUUGAUGCACAGAUCUCUUCAUUUGCUAAUCAAGGUUUAAGCGUUAGAGACAUGGUUGCUCUCUCAGGUGCUCAUACAAUAGGCCAAGCUCAAUGUGCCACCUUUAGAGGGAGGGUUUACAAUGACACUAACAUUGACGCUGGCUUUGCUAGAAUGAGGAGGAGAGGUUGUCCUGUGUCUGAUGGCAAUGGCAACUUGGCUCCUCUUGAUCUGGUGACACCCAACUCCUUUGAUAACAACUAUUUCAAGAACCUUAUCAAGAAGAAGGGACUGCUUCACUCUGAUCAGGUUCUGUUUAACGGUGGAUCCACUGAUGAUAUUGUGACUAGUUACAGCACAAACAAGGCUGCUUUCUACUCUGACUUUGCUUCUGCCAUGCUGAAGAUGGGAGACAUCAAGACUCUAACUGGGUCUUCUGGCCAAAUUAGGAAGAUCUGUAGCAUCGUUAACUGAUCAGCAUGUGGUUGAACAUUAUUCUACAUUUCAUUUGAAUUCUUUGUUGUUUAAUUGUCUAUAGUUCUUGAAAUUCUUUGUCAA